GUACUGCUCCGGCGGGAAGGUAACGCCGCUCCAUGCAGUCAUCCCACAUGACCUUGGAGGAGUCUACAGACAACGCCGGCUCUUCGGCUUAGAAAUGGAGAUGAGCACCAACCCCCAGAGUCAGACAUGACUGGACUUAACGUCAGGGGAAAACCUUUACCCUUUACCUUAACUACCACCAAUUCCUCAAUACUUUAUUUCCCAUACCACCAUUCUUCGCCACAGCAACGCGUGGCCGGGCACAGCUAGUUCUACUAUAAUUCUUUGAUGCCAAAUUUUUGAAUAUUUCUUUUCACCCCAAUUUGUAAAAUAUCUUUUCAAAACUGUGCUGAAUGUCAUUUGCAAAUACUACUGUCUUCUUCUAUCUAUAAUCAUUUCAUGUUCCUCUUGUUGCUGUUGUUGUUGUUUGCAUGUUAGAAAAGAAGACUUUAUGCCAAAUAUGCACAGAAGCCUUCGGCAGACAAAAAAGUAUAAUAAUUGUAUACUUUGCUAGAGAAUGAAAGAACUGCUCUUGAACUUGACAAUAUUCUCCUGCAACAUUUUUCCAUGCCCGUACAUUAUUCUUAGAUUGUUCCCUUUUAUUUGUGAGGCAAAUUGCAAGUUAUUUAAGCCUCUAUAUGCCCCAAUGGGACAUUAGUUGGGAAUUAGGUCAUUAGUAACAGAAUCCUACUACUAUUUGCAUUUCUUUCUGUUGCAUGAUAUAACCAUUCUAGAAGUCCCCAUAGAGCCGUUUUCUCCAGCAGACCUAAAACAGAAACAAUCAGAAUCAGGUACUUCUUCUCAGAUAUUUUCCUCAGAAAGUGGCAGUAAUGGAUAAUAACUUAAUUUCUCCAUUGGGCAUCUUUAGAUGGACCAUGGUAGGAAGUAUAUCCAUGGUUUCCAUUUUAGGAAAUGGAUUUAUCAUAGUUGUGAGUGGGAACCGAUGGCUCCAAAACAGGAAGAUGGCCGCUUCUGAUUUACUCUUGACUAGUUUGAGUAUCUCCAGAGUUUGUUUGCAUGUAACCUUUGGACUUUUCUAUGUUUUAAAAGUCAGCAUUGGUGAUGCCUAUAUGGGUACUUCUGCCUAUGAUGCUAUCAUCUUUGCCUGUAUGUUUUCUACCUUGGCCAGCCUCUGGUGUGCUUCAUGGCUUAGUGUUUUCUAUUGUGUGAAGGUCACCAACUUUGCCAACCGCUUUUUACUCUGGUUGAAGCCAAGGAUCAAUGUGCUCUCAAUUAGACUGCUUGGAAUGUCAGUGAUUAGUCUUGUGGUCAUCUCUGUUCCCUUCUUCUGGAGUUACGCUGAAGAAAAAAAGCGGUGCAAUCUGAUAGGGAGCCUGCCAGUGAACAUCAGCAAAAGAUGCCAAGCCUCACUUUUUAUUUUUCAUCCUCUUCAUUUAAGUGUUGCUUCCAUGAAUUUCAUCAUCACCAUAACUGCAAAUGUUCUUUUGAUCACCUCUUUGUGGAAACACACGCAGAAUCUGAAAAAGAGUGGUAUUCUUGCAAAAGACCUAAGUACUCAAAUCCAUAUUACUAUCAUGAAGCCUUUGGUGUGUUAUAUUUUGCUCUGCCUUUUAUUUUUCACAGGUAUGCUGUUUUUAUCAGGUAGUUUUGUGUACACUUUUGAUGCUAAGAAUUUUUUAUCUGACAUCAUUUUUACCACAUUUCCUUCAGCACACACCAUAAUAUUAAUCUUGACUAAUCCAAAACUGAAAGCACUGUUAAUUCGUACUUUAAAUAUAAGAUGA